AGUUUACCAUUACAAAAUAGCUGUUUCAUAAUAGUGCUGGACAAACGGAACGUUACCGAAUACAAAAGUAUAAACUACAAUAUUCUUCUUUUUCAGACGAGAAUAGGUUAAAACAAUCUUUAUCUUAUUUCAGUCGUAUUUAUCAUAAGACAAAUUAAACUGGACAAUGUUUUACAAACUUGUGCUUCUAUCCUUUUUGAUAAUUGGAAAUUUUACCAACGUAAUAGGAUUUUACCCGAAUCAGUAUGCCUCGUUUUUGAAAGGAAAUGACUACACACUUGCAGACAUUACCGAAAUUGGUAUUUUACAAGCUGUAGCAACGUACUUCGAGGGUGUACCUCCGCCGGGAAGCAGUUCUAACGUCGCAGCAGGGUCUCUCACCAGUAUCGUGGACAUAACAGCUAGAAAACUCUACAGUGCUUAUUACGGCAACACGUCCUCGGAGACUCGGUUCCAGGAAGCUAUCAAUGAUAUCGUGAAACAGAAUACCAAAGUGGACCAGGAACAUUACCGGGAAGCAGUGUGGUAUGUCAACGGGGAGCAAAUCCCACAGGCUCAUACGCGUUUGAAUCAGCUGCGGGAUAAUUUGCUGCAAGUUCUCGGCGCCGUCAGCCCAAGUUACGAACGAGCCCGAGAGUUGGUCGGCCAGUAUUUCCACAUCAUCCAGUCUUUUUAUAGUAACACAAACUGGGUAGAGCUACAGAACAACGCGGACAUAUACUCAGACUUAGGUCUGCCUGGUAAAACAUUGACAAACCUCGCCAUGCCUUCAACUGAUAUGUGUAAGAGUUGUGGAACAUCAAUAGGAUUUCCCUGCUUCAUUAACAUGAUGGGGUUUCCACAUGAACUGACCAGUGGAUAUCGUGAUGGACAGGACAUCACGAAACCUAACAAGGAUCCCACCACUUUUACCAAUGGUAAAUGUAGCCAUGGGGGUUUACACGAUAGAUCGGGGGAAACUAUCGCAGCUCUCGGGGGAAUCAACAAAGACACCAAGGACGUAAAUUUGUCUCCACAUUUCUUCAAGCACGCUGACGCGGGGAAAGCAGCCAUAGCACAUACCAAGUACUUCCUCACAGAUCCAGUCAAUGGCAUUUUAAAAGCAAUUGGAAAUGAUAAAUUCGAGGAAUUGCUCCAACUACGUCCUGGGAACUCGUUGGUAUUUGUAAUAGACAUCAGUGGAUCUAUGGGGAGUGUGGUUCAGGCAGUAAAGACGAAAACUCAGGAAAUCAUAAACCUGACCAAGGGAACAGGGCUCCAGCCAUACAACUAUAUUCUUGUUACAUUCAGUGACCCGGAGAGCGCCACGACCGUGCAGGAAUCAACAAACCCCAGCGAUAUCGUAAACUGGGUGAACGCAAUCCAGGUAUCGGGCGGGGGAGACUGCCCCGAAUACGUCAUGUCUGGCCUUAAAGCGGCGGUGGUGAAGGCGAAGCCCAGCUCUAACGUGUAUGUGUUCACGGACGCAACAGCCAAAGACCCAGAGAAACAACAAUACAUUCUCAGUAUCGUGUCAGAAAAGAAUCUUCAUAUCGACUUUGUCGUCACAGGGUCAUGUGAUAGUAACAACGCCCACUUUGUCCAGCGACGGUCUGUGGACGCACAGAUGUUACAAAGUAACGGACAGUUUCAACAAGCCUAUCAUCAUUAUGAUGACAUAACGGGCAAGAUGGCAACUACUCAACAACAUUUAGCUAAAAGGAAAAGGGCUUUAGGUACUGAUCAGGUGAUCAUACUUCAAAAAACGAUUGCACAUGACGACUCCUCCCUGGUACAGAUCCCCGUAGACGCGUCCCUCAACAGUAUUGUGGUUAAGAUCGAGGGAGAUGUGGGGAUACCAUACUUCGCCAUUCAAAAACCAAACGGGUCCUAUGUAUCGUUAGAUGGGGAGGAAGCUUCCGGAACCCAGCUGGCAGGCAACAAACUGGAAAUGAUAAUCUCGAAUCCAACACCUGGGAUAUGGAAGAUAUAUCGACUUGACAAAAGUGACUGGAAAUUGAAAGUUUCCGGGGAAAGUACAACAACAUUUUCCUUCAAAUUAAAAAAGUCUACUUUCACUGAAAUGGACGAGUUUCUGCGCACUUCACAAAAAGAUACGCUUUACGACAUUUCUCUUGAUGUAAAAUCCCGCGAGAACGUGUUGGUGAGUCAUGUGAUUCUCGAUGACGAAUACGGUGAGGCCAUCACGUCAACAUUGUUGUCACCAAUGAACGGAAGUGAUGUCCGGAAGUCCUUUAUUGGACAAGUCUUCUUACCAGGGGAGGAUUACCAAGUCGUCAUAGAAGGACACGAUAACAGAGGUUUCAGUCUAAGGCGUGAAAAAGGACACCUGUACUCACAUGUAGGAAAGCGAUCAGUCGUGAGCAGCAGACGGAGUAAACGCUCCACACCGACCUCUUGGGCAGGCAUGGACUAUUUCACAUGGAUUGCUCAAGCAUCUGGUGGUCACGUGUUUCAAACGACUUCAUCCAACGUAGCUACAACUGUUGAUGUUUUGAAAGGUUCGUUGUCUAAUUCCGAAGUAAAAAUAAUCCGUGACAUUAUCAAAGGUGGCAGUACCGGAUGUGCUUCUAUUAACAUUCCAAUUGAUCACACGUGCAAAGCUUUCAGCAUCAAAGUCCAAGGAGACAGUGGUCUUCCGGUCCCACACGUACAGAAACCGGAUGGAAGUACUGCUGGAAUAAACGGUGGCACUGCCACAAAGCAGGUGAUAGGAUCUAACUACGUCAUACUCACUUACCUGUAUCCGCAGCCAGGAAUAUGGGUGGUACGUAGAAUGGAUGUGUAUGGAUGGGACAUUGAAGUGACAGCGGAGAGUGAAGUGGACUUUGCUCAAAGUUUCCUUGAGCUCGGUCCCGAUGGCCUCAAUAUGUUUGAAAUAAAAGGACGACCUAUAGCAGGGGACAAUACGACAAUCAGUAUUACCAUCCACAACUUCGUAAACGUCACAAGCCUGGACACGUUGGUGUUCUUAGACAAAUACGGAGAUCAGAUCAGUCUCUACCCUCUCCAGACCAAGAGUACCCAAAGGGGCCGCGGGGUGUUUUCUACAACUGUCAUAAUACCCGAUCAGGCCUUCCAGGUGGCGGUGGACGGAGAAGAUGACCUAGCCAACCCAUUCAGGAGAGUACAUACAUCACUCAUCAACACAGUGGCGAUAAAGUUGGAGGACCUUCCUGUGCAAAGCCCGUUUUACCUAGACGAGAAACUGGAGGUACCAUUCAUCAUCACAAACGUAGGUGGCGGGACGUCUAUGGUCAAUAUAACCAUAUCUGACGACCAGAACCUAGCUAUAAGGCCAACGUCACAGGUCAUCUCUCUAAUGUCGGGCGAGAACAGCACAUCUCACUUCACUAUGUACGCCGACAGCGGCCGGGUAUCAGUCGGGACUACUACAACCAUUACCAUAACUGCCCAGCCUAUGGGAAUAAUAGGAGCUGGAUUUCAGUUUGUCAUUGUGAGGCUGACAACGGAAAAGAGAACAAAGCCGAAAUUUGACACGAUUCCUCCACACUGUGAGGUCCAUCCUAACAUACAGGGCGUGUGCGGAUCUGACGAAUGUUUGUGUGCCCAGACUUUUGUAAGCGCUGAUUUUACCAUUUGGGACGAAGGUGAUGGACUUGCACAGGUAGACCCAGUCGGACUAGGCUCUGGGAACUUCACUCAUACACCUUUCGUGAUAGGGGACACUAAAGACAAUAACACAGUCAACGGAACAAUUAGAAUAGAUUGCUGUCGAAAAACUGUAUAUAUUAAUGUUGUGGACAACGCUAGUCUACCUACCCAGUGUAAGAUAGACGUCAAUCCGACCUAUCAGAACAAAGGAUGUAAUAAAACGAAAAUAGACACGACUCCGCCUCACUGUGGCAAUUUGACGAACAUCCAAGGUGUGUGUGGCAAUAACGACUGUACGUGCUCCAAGACAACCGUAAAAAUGAACUUUGAGAUUUGGGAUAUUGGCGACGGGUUAGCGACCAUCGAUGCCUUGGGUAUCGGGAACGGCAGCUUUAUACACACCCCAUUCGCCAAAGGUGACGUCAAGGCCAACAACACAGUUAACGCCACUCUAAGCGUGGAUUGUUGCCGGACGACGGUGUUUAUUAAUGUGAUGGACAUGGCAAGUCUGCCUGGACAGUGUGUGGUUGAUAUCAACCCUGGUUACAAGGGCUGCAGAAAACAUAUCGACACCACUCCACCGAAUUGUACCCUGCUGAACAUCCAAGGACAAGGACAAUGUGGAACGGACGACUGCACUUGUCACCAGUCUACGGUGACGUCAGAUGUACAGUUGUAUGACGUAGGGGACGGUCUAUCAACUAUCCAUGCCGUGGGGCUCGGCACUGGAACCUUCACACACACAGGGUUUACCAAGGGCGACACUAAAAGUAACAACAUCGUCAACGGCACAAUCAGCGUGGACUGCUGUCGCCAGGAGGUGUACGUCAGUGUUACUGACGAGGCUGGACUACCGGCGCUGUGUAUCCUACCAGUGAACAAGAACUACACUGGCUGUGUGAUCACGACUCCAGCGUCUACCACAAGUACAACAUCCAACAACACCGCCACUUCAAGCAGCAACACCGCUCUAGUCACUUCGGCAAGCAACACCACUCUAGUAACUUCGUCAAGCAACACCGCCGCUACGACCACGUCAGCCAAUGUGUCGAGCGCUAACGCAACUGCUUCGUCAAACGCAAACUCCGCCGCUACGUCUAUCACCACUUCAGCCAACAAUCAGAACGCGGCGCAAAGCACUAGCAGCGGUGGUGAUGAGGGGGUAUCGGCGAUAGCUGUGGCAGGAAUCGGCGUGGGCGCCGGAAUCGUGGGAGUAGCGUUCGUAGCUGCCGGGGCCUAUCUGAUCAAAUUAAAGUUUUACACACAAGUGUCCCCGGCAUAAAUCAGACUCAUAUACAGAACUCUCAAAUAUAGAAUCUGAUUGCGAAAUAAUUGUACGUUUUCCGAAAUCUUAAUUAUCAACAAAUCAGAUCACGUUUACAUAAGAAAACGUACUGAUUGUCUCAUCAUUUAUCUGUGAUAUGGUACAUACACAUUGACUGUGCUUUUAAUUUAUCGUCGUGCUCUCGCGUAUGAUUGUAACUACCAAUGUCUCGCUUAUCAUUGAUGUCAGCAAUAUAAUAUGUUUCGAUAUAUGCUACAGAAAAUAUCAUUAAUAUGUGUUUUUUUUGCUGUAUUCUUGUUAAUUGGUAAUAAUUAUCGAACUCAAAAUCGCAAAUUAUUAUCUAAGUUGUUCCUUAAAUGUUAAAAUACUUAUACAAAUACAUUUAGCCUUCUUUUAUCAAGCACCUGUGAUAUGAUAUAUAGACCACAGCUGAAAGUUAGUGUUUUGUUAUCACAUACGUUCAAUGUUAAUGUUAUCAUUUAGUAUAUACCUAUGCUAUAUGUACUAAUACAUUAUGUAUAUGACCAUGCCUUAUAAUGCUUUUGAUAAAGGCAGGGUGUGUUUCUUAUUUCUAUUCAAGUUUCUUCCAAAAUAUGAUGUCACAAGUAAAUAUCACCUUCUUCUUGAAGCUCGUUACCUUAUAUAUAAUAAUAGCUUGAUACUUUGUGUGAACAAUAGUGCAUUUUGUUAUUCAUAGCCGUCUCACCAAUGCUUGCUAAAUGUUUGCGGAUUAAGGAGAUUUUUUAUUACGUUAUUUUUAUGUAUUCAUCAGCUAUGCCUGUGUGUAUUUUAUCUGCAAACAAUACUUGGUUAACACGUAAUUUGUAAGGUUCAAAGAUGGAUGAGAGACCCCCUUAUGAAUGUUACUAUCAUACCCGGUUAGGUAAAAUAAACAUUGCACAAGUAAGAUUAUUGUGAUCUUACAUUGGUCGAUCAUAAUGUGCAUGAAUACAAAAAUAAAGGAUACAAAAUAAAGGAAAUACUUUACUUUUUUUAAAGCUUUAUAACACAUUUCAAUGUAUUUCAUUUGCGCUCUUAUACGAUUGCCCUACUUACAAAAUUUAGCAUAGGGCAUCUACUAAUAGCCGUAUGAAGAUUGGUGAUAAGUAAACCAAGGUGCUCCCAGAGAAGAAGUAAAUACCUUGUCAUACGUAAUAAUAGGAAAAUUCUCCAUUGCAGAUUCAUUUAUGAGGCAAACACGAAGUUGGUACUAUUAUUUAUUAUCCCUUUCUGAGAAAUUCUUUAUCUGUCUCUAUUACAUAUGAAAGUUUCAUUCCAUCCUUUUAUCAAUAUUUACACAAAAAAGGCAAAAAGCCCACAUUUUUAUUCAGUUGAAUAAUUUAACAAGUUAAGAUAAAAUAAUGUAAGUAGUACCUGAAAUAAAGUAUGCUUUUUAAAGGUUUCAUUUGUGUUUAAAAUCUUAUUAAAAAUACAUUAUUUCAAACAAGAAGUAAAUGUUCCUUGGCGAUAUACAUGUAAAUAUAUAACUAAUGUUUAAGAUUGUGAUUUACUUCAGUUAAUUACAAAUGUCAGGUUACUUGUGUUAUUGUUGUGAAUGUUGUUAUUUAUAAUUACCUGUUAUGUUUUACUAUAUUUUAUUUAUUGUGUGUAGUGCUUUGUUUCCAUGGGUCACUAAUUUACUCGCCUAAUGAUGAAAGUGUGUUACCUAUAGCUGUUACACUGUUUGUAGACAUUAUCAUGACGAUUCUGUUUGUCUUCAAGGAACAAAUCAGAAAUAACGGUUGAUGGACUCUGUUACAAGAGUGUCAGGUGGGGAAAGUAUCCUUAAUGAGGAACGUUAUGCUGUACGACUUAUGCUUAGUUAGAUUGCCCAUUGUCUUAAUUUACAACAAUAAAUACCCGAUGAUCCGUCCAUCUUUUUAUGCUAAACAAGAGCGAUUUUUCAGUUUCUAAAUUCAAGGCCCGUUUUGAAUCGAUAUCCAGCUUACAUAAUUAUACGUUUUGUCCUUAAUGGUUUUGAUCCCUAAGCUAUUGCUGCGUUUUGUGUUUAUAAAUAUUUGAAACUAAAACUUCCUAGGUCUGAGUAAUUAUUUUAACACUUGAAUUUGAGGUGAUGGUUUUGUGAGCUCUUUACAACUCAAAACGUCUACAUUCGAGAUCGUUUUACGAAUAACUAAACUGGUUUGUGUGCUUUUUGUUUUUAUAAUUUAAAUUUAUUAAAAAGAUCAAAUCAAAUAGAACAAAAUGUCUUUAAUAAAAUAUUGUAUUUUACGUGUAUUAGUAUCAUUACUUCUUUUGAAAUGAUAUGUGCAUGAGUCGGAUUCACCUAUAGCUUCUUAUGUUUAAUUCGAUGUCAAUUCCGAUUCAGGUCAGUUCAUGCAAUUGCGGUAUUGUAAAGACCACAUUGGUUGUAAAUAAAUAUUGCUUGUAAUGUUUGAUUUUGUUAUUAAUCCCAUAACUGCUGCGUGCUUUAAUUUCGUCUUGCACGUUUUCUAAUAAAUAUAUAUUCACAAUGAUAAAUAACAUCACCUAGUAUGACGUGACAAUACUUUGUCAGCUGGAUUAUAACAUCACGACUUGCCACGAUAGGCAAAGACAAAUUAUUCGUUUGGUACUGAGCAAACCUAAGUGUUGUUUACUAUUUUAAGUUGAUUGUAUUUCAUACUUUGGUAUAAUGCUUUCAGUUAAAACCAAUCUGCGAGAUUUGCUUCAUUUGCGUUUAAUUUAUUAUUCUUCUUCACCAGGAUUUCCGUCAGAAUCCAUUUCUCCACUGUUUAUGAUUAUUAAUAAA